AUUGGCCUCGGUGCCAUCAGGCCAGAAGACCUCACAGGCAGCAGCCGCCCAAGGGAUACGGGGUCUUAUAGGGGCCGGGCGAAGCCGCCAGCACCCUUUUGCCCACGAUGGCAGCGUCCCCGGCGCUGGCCGGCGCGGUGCUCGGCGCCCUCCUGGCGCUGGCCGCGCCGGAGCUGACGCCGAUCCACCGCGCCGGCUACUGCGCUUUCUACGGUGAUUGCGGGCGCAACCCCGAGGUGAACGUCUCGCUGGUGUCCUCCAACGUGCCCUGCCUGUACAACCAGCCGGCGCAGCUGGCCACGGGCGCGCUGCUGCAGCUGCUGCGCUCCGUCUGCCCCGAGCUGGUGCGCGGGGACAACGAGACGCGGGUGUGCUGCACGCUGCUGCAGCUCACCGCCCUGCAGGUCAGCGUGGCCCUGUCCGGCACCGUGCUGGCCCGCUGCCCCUCCUGCUCCCGCAACUUCGCCAACCUCUACUGCAACAACAUCUGCAGCCCCGACCAGAGCCUCUUCACCAACGUCACCCGCGUGGUCAACCACACCACGGCGCUGGGGGUGCCGCAGAAGGCCGUGGUGGAGUACCAGUGCUUCUACAGCCAGCGCUACGCCGACGCCGCCUUCGACUCCUGCAAGGGCGUGCGGCUGCCGGCCACGGGCGGCUACGCCAUCGACACCAUGUGCGGCAUCUACGGCGCCCGGCUCUGCACCACGCAGCGCUGGCUCGACUUCCAGGGCGACAAGAACAACGGGCUGGCCCCGCUGCAGAUCGACUUCCAGCUGGUGCCCAACGGCACGCAGCCCGGCGACGGCAUCGAGCCGCUGGACGAGCGGGUGUGGGGCUGCAGCGAGGCGCUCAGCUCCGACCAGCAGCCCUGCUCCUGCCAGGACUGCGCCGAAUCCUGCCCGCCCGUGCCCGCGCCGCCCAGCCCCGCGCCGCCUUUCCGCUUGGGCGCCGCCGACGGCGUUCUGGUCAUCUGCGUGUUGCUCUUCGGCUUCUUCGCCCUCGUCUUCCUCAUCGCCUUGAUGUGCCGCGGGAAGAAGAAGAAGAAGAAGAUGAAGGCGGCGCCGGCUCCUCGUGAGGGCUGCGCGGUGCAGUUGGGCACCUGGAGCCACCUCUUCCUGGCCGAUGUUUUCCGCCGCUGGGGCACGCUGGUGGCCGGGCACCCGCUGCCGGUGCUGGUGGUGGCGGCGGUGGUGGCGGGCGGGCUGUCGGCCGGGAUGGCCACCCUGCGGCUCACCACCGACCCCGUGGAGCUGUGGUCGGCGCCGGGCAGCCAGGCGCGGCAGGAGAAGGCGUUUUACGACGAGCACUUCGGGCCCUUCCUGCGCACCUGCCAGGUGAUCGUGACGGCGCGGGACCAGCGCCCGGGGGUCGCCUACGACUCGGUGGUGCUGGGCGCCAAGAACUUCAGCGGGGUGCUGUCGGCCGAGGUGCUGCAGGCGCUGCUGGAGCUGCAGGAGCAGCUGACGGGGGCGAGCGUCUGGGUGCAGGAGGAGGGCAGGGAGGUGACGCUGCAGGACGUCUGCUACGCGCCCCUCAACCCCUCCGGGCCCAGCCUGGCCGACUGCUGCAUCAACAGCGUGACGCAGUACUUCCAGAACAACCGCACCCGCCUGGCCAUGGUGGCCACCCAGACCGUGGGCAAGGAGACCGGCACCGUGGACUGGCACGAUCACCUCAUCUACUGCGUCAACUCCCCGCUCUCCUUCAAGGACAUCACGGCGCUGGAGCUGAGCUGCAUGGCCCAGUACGGGGGGCCCGUCUUCCCCUACAUCGCCCUCGGCGGCUACCCGGGCUCCGAGUACACGCAGGCGGAGGCGCUCAUCAUCACCUACUCCCUCAACAACUUCCCGCGGAGCGACCCGCGGCACAAGUGGGUGCUGAGCUGGGAGCAGCGCUUCCUCGAGCUGGUCCGCGACUUCCAGCGCAACCACAGCCAGAACCUCUCCGUCUCCUUCAUGGCUGAGCGCUCGCUGGAGGACGAGAUCAACCGCACCACGGGCGAGGACAUCCCCGUCUUCGCCGUCAGCUACCUGGUGGUCUUCGCCUACAUCGCCCUGGCGCUGGGCGAAUACACGGCCUGGCGCCGCGUGCUGGUGGAGUCGAAGGUGACGCUGGCGUUGGGCGGCAUCGCCGUGGUGCUGGGCGCCGUCUUCGCCUCCAUGGGCUUCCUGGCGCUGCUGGGGCUGCCUUCGUCCCUCAUCAUCCUCGAGGUCGUGCCCUUCCUCGUCCUCGCCGUGGGCGCCGACAACAUCUUCAUCUUCGUGCAGGAGUACCAGCAGUCGCAGCGGGAGGUGGGCGAGACGCGGGAGCAGCACAUCGGGCGGGUGCUGGCGCAGGUGGCCCCCAGCAUGCUGCUGUGCAGCCUCUCCGAGGUCAUCUGCUUCCUCCUGGGCUCCCUCUCCUCCAUGCCCGCCGUCCGCACCUUCGCCCUCACGGCCUCCGUGGCCAUCGCCUUCGACUUCCUCCUCCAGAUGUCGGGCUUUGUCGCCCUGCUGGCCCUCGACGCCCGCCGGCAGGAGGCUGCCCGCUUCGACAUCUGCUGCUGCUGCGGGACAGAAAAGGGGGGUCCCACGGGGCCGGGCUUGCGGGUGCUGCGCCCCUUCCUGAGCCACUUCUACACCCCGCUGCUGCUGCACCGCCUGAUCCGGCCCCUGGUGGUCACACAACCCGACGUGGGGCCACGCAGAUGUGCCAUGGCCCUGGUUUGGGGACACCUGGGGACACCAAGCCCUGGUUUGGGGACACCAAGCCCCUGUUUGGGGAUGCGGGCAGGGCUGGGCGCCCCCAGCCUUGCUGAGCGCAGCCCCUGCCGCCACCAGGACUCGUACAUGCUGCAGUACUUCUCCGACAUGAACCAGUACCUGCCCGUGGGGGUGCCCACCUACUUCGUCACCACCAGCGGCUACAACUUCUCCUCGCCCGAGGGCACCAACGGCAUCUGCUCCAGCGCCGGCUGCGACGACAACUCGCUGACGCAGAUGAUCCAGUACGCCACGCGCUUCCCCAACGUGUCCUACCUCGCCAUCCCCGCCACCUCCUGGGUGGACGAUUUCCUCGACUGGCUCAACCCCACCGGCCGCUGCUGCCGCAUCCACCGCUUCGGGAACCUCACCGGGCAGUUUUGCCCUUCCACCAGCAACGACAUCAGCUGCGCGUUGGGGCAGUGCCUGAAUGCCACGCGGCGGCCGACGGUGGAGGAGUUCGAGCGCUUCCUGCCCUGGUUCCUCCACGACCUCCCCACCCUGCAGUGCGCCAAGGGCGGCCUGGGCGCCUACGACACGGCGGUGAGCAUGGACGCCAAAGGCACCAUCAUGGCCUCGCGCUUCAUGGCGUACCAGCGGCCGCUGCGGACCUCGCAGGAGUACACGGCGGCGCUGCGGGCCGCCCGCGCCCUGGCUGAAAACAUCACCGGCACCCUGCGCCAGGUGCCCGGCACCGACCCCGAUUUCCGCGUCUUCCCCUACACGUAAGCCUCCUGGGAGGGG